AUGGGAGUUCCUGUCCAAGGAGCGGCAUGGGAGCUGUUCCACCAGGUGCUGGAGGCCGUACGGCACUGCACCAGCUGUGGGGUCCUGCACAUGGACAUCAAACCAGAGAACAUCCUGCUCGACCUGGCCACUGGGCAGGCAAAAUCGAUCAGCUUUGGCUGUGGCACCUAUCUGCAGGACACAGCCUACACUCACUUUGCAGCACUGAGUGGGUUUUUCCUUGUCAUGGUUGGGCCUUGCAAGAGCUUCCGCUGCCCUCUUCCAGCACCAGUGGGUUCUUUUCCAACCCAAGUUUGUACACAAGUCCCAGGUGCUGGUGAAAGGGCAGUGGGUCACUCCACAUGCCACUGGGGCAGACCGUGCAUGCCCAGGGAUGCUGGGGCCAGGCUCUGGGAGUAUCAGCAUCCCCCUGAUGAACUCCAUCUGUAUUCCAUAAGAACCCUGUCCUACAGACCCCUGGAAUGGACCCACUUUGGCUGGUACUAUGGCAAGCCAGCUACCAUCUGGUCCCUGGGCAUCCUGCUGCACCAGAUGGUCUGCAGGGAGCACCCUUUCAGGAGGGGCCAGAACAUCAGCUGGGACCAGCAGCUCUCACUGCCACAACGGCUCUCUCAAGGUGGAUCCUCAUCUCUGUGCACAGGGGGAAUACCAGUGCUGGGAGACAGCAGCGGGCUCGUGAGCAUCCUGCUCUGGCAGCUGCUGAGGGGGUGGCACAUGUCCUGCCCUCCUGCUCUCCUGCUCUCCUCCAAAACAAAGAGGUGAUGGGAAGGUUUAGGCCCAGCUCUGAGCACAUGCAGCAUGGCCUGGGCAUGGGAACAGUGGGGCAAAGUGGACUGGAACCUUCUCCAACUGACCAGUGGUUUCUGGUUUCCCUCCCCAGAGUGCCAAGAUCUGAUCAGGUGGUGUUUAUCCAUGUACUCCUUGGAAUGGCCCUCGUUAGAAGACCUGUUCUGUGAUCCUUGGAUGCAGGA